UGCAAUUGACUCCUGGCAGAAUGUAUCCUUUCCGGUGGGUGGAGCCUGUGCCUGUUGUUCUGACCAAUCCGAGGGCGUUAUUUUCCGCGGGAGAUCCGAAUUUCGCGGCACGCAGUUUGGCGCUAAAAAAAAAAAAAGGAGGAAAAAAAAGGAGUCCGGGACACAGAGAGAACGGAGGGAGGGCUGGGGCAAGUGGAGCGCGGUCGGGGACCAUCUGGGCCUCUCCCGGCGGAGACGGCCUCGCAGCCCCCGAGGCACCCGGCAGGGGUCCGGACGCCGGCCAUCCCCUCUGCCGGGCUGCCUGGAGGAGGCGGCGCGGGCCCCUCCUACCCUCCCCGCCCUCUCGGGGCUUGCCGCUGCCACCGGCUCGGACCCGGGCCGGCCAUGCCCAUCCCGUCCUAGCCCCCGCCGGGCUCCCUGGCCCAGCCUCGCGCUCUCUCCUCCCGUAUCCCAACGGCUCCGGAUCGUCUUCCGCAGGCCCGAUGCUGAGGAUCCCCAAGGGGGUCUCCCCGGCCCCGGGGGGCUCCGCCCUGGCCGGGCCGCAGAAACCUCCCCAGCCGCUGCAGAUCAAGAAGGCCCUGCCGGUGGUGAGCCCGGUGUGGGCGGCCGACGUGCGCAGCCCCCCGGGGGGCCCGGUCCCGGCCAGCCACUUCACUCAGCUGUACCCCCCGGUGGUGGCCGCCGCCGCCCCGGGCAGCUGCCUGGACGCCACCCCGCAGGGGCCCGAGAUCCGCGCCGGGCGCGCCUCCGCCGGCCGGCUGCCGGGUUUCAAGGCCAAGAGGAAAUUGGAUCUGGAGGGAAUGGGACGGCAGGGGCUCUCUGAAUUCCGGACACCCAAGGGGAAGUGCGGCGGCGGCGAAGGCCUCCCAAGUCCCAAGACCCCCAAAUCGCCAGGUGAGAAAACUAGGUAUGACACGUCUCUGGGCCUGCUCACCAAGAAGUUCAUUUACCUGCUGAGUGAGUCAGAGGAUGGAGUCUUGGACCUGAACUGGGCCGCCGAGGUUCUGGAAGUCCAAAAACGGCGCAUCUACGACAUCACCAACGUGCUGGAGGGGAUCCAGCUCAUACGGAAGAAAGCCAAGAACAACAUCCAAUGGGUAGGCAGGGGAAUGUUUGAAGACCCCGCUGGGGCCGGGAAGCAGCAGACCCUGGGGCAAGAGCUGAAGGAACUGAGCAACACCGAAAGGACCUUGGACCAACUGAUUCAGAACUGCACCUUGGACCUGAAGAACCUGACAGAAGAUGAGACCAACCAGAGAUUGGCCUAUGUAACCUACCAGGACAUUCGAGCUAUAGGGAACUUCAAGGACCAGACGGUGAUUGUGGUCAAAGCCCCUCCCGAGACUCGCCUAGAAGUCCCAGACCUGAGGGAGGAGAACUUGCAGAUUUAUCUGAAGAGCACCAACGGACCCAUUGAGGUGUACCUGUGUCCAGAAGAAAAUCUAGAGGCCAGCAUCCCCUCCCAGGAGGCUCCUCCCUGUGGCUCAGGUCCGUUCACUGGCCUGCCCGGCAGCCCUGGCAGCUCUGGUGGCCUGGAUUUCAUUGUACCCCCAGCUGUGGCUCUGAAGUCCCAGCCGUCCCAGGCCCUGCUGGAGGUGAACGAGGGCCUCCUGGACCUGCCUCACCCACUCCUGCAGCAGACUGAGGACCAGCUCCUGUCCUCGUCCCUGAGCGGCUCGCCUCUGGUCAACUUCUCCCCACCCCUGGAUGAGGAGGACUACCUGUGGGGCCUGGAUAGCGGGGAGGGCGUCAGCGACCUCUUUGAGUCCUACGACCUCGGGGAUCUCCUGAGGAACUAAGCAGCCUCAGCUCUCCACCUCUGCAUCAGCACCGGGCACUCGGAGCGGCCGUUAUGGGCCUGGGGAGGGUGGAAGUCGGGGCCUAGGGAGUGUCCUUCCCCUUAGGCCUCUCUGGCUCCCCAGUACCCUCUGCUUUUCCUUCCCUUCCUCAAGGAGUCAGACUCCAGGAGCAGCAAAUUUGGGGUGGCAGCUGUUUAUGGGAUUGUAUUUGGGCAUUCCCUUCCCUCCAUGUCCCCAAGCUAAGGACUGCUCCUUCUGAUCCCCAUCCCUGAUCAAUUCCCAGGUAACACUUCUCCCUGGCUCACAGACCAGGCUGAGGGGCUCCUUCCUAGGGAGAACCCACUUCUCAGAGGGGUUUAGACCCAAGUUAAUGGUGCUUUGAUGUGCCUCAAGGCUUUGGAGCCUACGAUGCACUUAUAGUAUUUAUUUGGGAUUUUCAGGUUUGAAUUGCUUCAAUGUUUUGCCCAGAUUCCCUGCCAUUGGUUCAGCAGGGAAACUCAAAUGUUUUCCUGGGGUUUUUUGUUUUUGUUUUUUAAAGAAAGAUAUACUUUCCUUAAUGUGGCUAGUCCCCUGCCUCCAUUCCCCAACCCCCAAGUCAACUAGGUUCUAGAAGUCUGUCUGACCUUCCUGGAAAGCUUCCUCAGUCCUAGUGGGGAAGGCUCUGUGUGUGUGUGUGUGUGUGUGUGUGUACAGGCCAGGACCCUCUCGGCAGCUGAAGGGAUCUUGCUUCUCUUGGUACGUGGGGCCUGCCUGAUUUCCACGGCCUGAUGGGAGCUGUUCCCUGCCGUGGAAAGACGGCAGCUCUCUGGUCCCCACCAGUCAAGCUCCGAGUCCAGGAGACCUGCCCUCUCUUGCCACUGACUGUCCAGGCCCCUGGUGGAGGUGGCCUGUGACGUGAUCGAUGGGAGGGUGACUGGUGCUCCCUCCCCAGAAGCACUUAGAAGCUGUAGGAGAUGUGCAGGGGAUACCCACCCCGUCUGCAGGUCCCUGUUGGCUGGGAUAGAUUGGGGUACAUCCCUUUAUUCCCUCCUUAGCAGCCAUCUUCCCCUCCCCUCCUAUCUCCUCUCCCAAGCCUCUUUUCUCCUCUUCGGUCUGAUCCUUUCUGACACAAUAGCACUACCUGGAGAGGAAAGAAAGAAAUGGUACUACCCAUUAGGAGACUCCAGUUCACCCCCGACCCCUUAACGACCACCCUUGUGAGAAACUGCUCACGUCCCUCAGCUUAGUUCUGCCUGCCACAAGGUGCCCCCCUGGUGACAGGAGUGAUGCUGACAUUCGGUGCUCCUUGGUGACUGCCUAUGAUUCUGUCCCCCGGGGCUCUGAAACAACUCUUCCCUUCACCCUCCAUCGGCCACUGGGGGCUGCCCGCAGGUUCGGUCCUUUGGUUUACUGGCAAAACUGUGGUUGGGGGGGGGGGGUAGGUGAGAGUGGACCUAAGCCCUCGUGGCACUGGGCUGGGAAGCACUUUGUAUUUUUGUUUGAAUUGAAAUUUGUGGCAUUAAAUGGGUUUGCAAUGUGAAAUUAACACGGUCA